UGUAUGAGAGAAGGGACAGAGGCUGCCAGAGAGACAGUCCGGAAUACCAGGAGAGACUUCCUGUGUGACAGAGAUUCAGGAAUUCUAGGAUACUGUCAGUUACAGCGAGACAGCCUGGAAAUAUAAAGAGACAGAAUAGGAAUAGUAAAGGACAUCUACAUUUACAUAGAUUGGAAUACAGGCUGCCUGGAGUGCAGCCAGGAACACGGUGUAGCCAGUCUUGGAUUUAUACAGAGACUGGCAGGAAUUCCGGGAGACAACCAGGGACCCAUAGGCUGCUACUAAUUCUGGACAGACAGCCUGCGAGAGAGCGGCACACAGAUAUAAUUAUUAACUCACAGCAAGCCAAAGGCAUCAAGACAAAACAGGGACACCAAAAGGAAUAAUGACAAAUUCUAGUGUUUGGAUACACUGAUUGAUUGUCAGACAAAGACACCGGCAGCCCGAGGAGGACUGUCACAUCAAGCAAGGGUACACAGGACUGCCAGUCGUUUAGAGGAAAAAAUAAAAAAUAAACAGUGGGAAAAGGGGAGACCGGUACUGGAAAUGCCGGGUGUAAAGUAGAAGCAAACAGGACGUGUCUGUUGUGUCCUGCUCAGGUACUGAUAACUGUCUAAGGAUUGGAUUAGGAGCAAAUCGGUACUAAAGGAUUGGAUUGAAAGCAGAUCCCACUAAACGGAAACAAUGAACUAUUUGAAUGUUUUGGCAAAAGCUCUGUACGACAAUGUGGCUGAGUCGCCAGAUGAGUUGUCUUUUCGGAAGGGGGAUAUCAUGACUGUCCUGGAGAGGAACACUCAAGGUCUAGAUGGUUGGUGGCUAUGCUCUCUGCAUGGAAGGCAAGGUAUUGUGCCAGGGAACAGGCUUAAAAUUCUUGUGGGAAUGUAUGACAAGAAGCAGGGUGGUGGUGACCAAGGGCAACAGAAAUCUCAGCAGCCUCAACAGCAGCAGUCGCCUCAGACACCACUGCCUUUUCCUCACCAGAGUGUCUACAACGUGAUGUCUUCAUCAAACCAAUAUACACCUAUGCAGUCUGCUUACCAGAGUCAAAGUGGAGAUAAUGUUUAUUUGAUCCCUGCACCACCUAAAGGGCCACGGACACUUUAUCAGACUCCUCAGGGGUCACAGCACCCAGGUCAAGUUACUCCAUCCAAACAAUCUACCUUGUACCAAACCCCACCUUCUCAGCAUCAGUUUGCAAGCCAAGCCCAGGAUAUUUAUCAGGUUCCUCCUUCUAUGAACCAGCCACCAGAGCUAUACCAAGUCCCAGUGGCAACUUCCAACGCUUCUCAACCUCAGGAUGUUUAUCAAGUUCCACCAUCCAUUGGAACAGGACAAGACAUCUAUCAAGUCCCACCUUCCAUGAACCAGCCACAGGACAUUUACCAAGUACCCCCAUCCAUGGAUAUGCGAAACACUGAAGCAAGAAAAGUUCCCGGAAAGGUCGUUCUUCCUACCCGAGUCGGCCAGGUCUACGUAUAUGAUUCACACAAACAGGAACAGCAGGAUGAGUAUGAUGUUCCAAGACAACUUCACCCAGCAGGAUCCCAAGAGAUCUAUGAUGUUCCGACCCGAUUACUUGUGAACAGUUACAGCCCUGAGGUGUAUGACAUCCCACCGAUGGUGGUCAAAGGUCCCGUCACCAGAGAGUCGACUCAAGAGAUUUAUGAUAUUCCACCCAGCGUGGAAAAAAGCCUGCAGGAACAGAUACAAUCUCACUUAAUGAUAUAUGAUAUCCCACCUUCUGUCAGUAAAGAUGUUCCAGAUGGUCCUACAAGAGAAGAAACAUAUGAUUUCCCACCUUCUUUUGCAAACCCGAAGUUGCAGGCUCCUGCACAAGCUCACACCCAUGCCGUCCAUGAACAUGAGCCAUACAUCCCAGAAGACAUCUAUGAUAUUCCUCCAACUGCAGUAAAAGGCAGUGACACAACUUUUUGUCAAGACAUUUAUGAUGUUCCCCCAAGCCUAAGAAAAACUGCUGGCCAAAACUUCCUACGUGAUGUUUAUGAUGUUCCUAGAGAAUUGCAUGGGGGGAAAUCAUCCAUAGAUAAUGAGACAGACUACAUAUACGAUAUUCCCCCUCAAGUGGACAGGGAAGUAAAGGUUGUUGAUGAGUUAGCUGGUAGCUUCAAGAGAUUAUCUGCAUCGAGCACUGGAAGCACCAGGAGCAAUAUUUCCACUUCUUCACUUGACACAAUCCCAGUAAAAGAGUCUUCUGUUAUUCCUCCAAAGCCAGUAGGAAAAGAGCUGAAUCUUGAUUUAGAGACAGCCAUGGAGUUGCUUGUCAAGUUACAGCAUGGAGUCAGUAGUUCUAUCGCAUACCUUAUGUCCUUCAUCAGCAGCACCUGGAGAAGUCCAGAACAGAUGGAAGUGAAUAUUCAGAGCAUCCAAGUUGCAGUUGAAGGUGUAAAAAAUGCAGUUAAGGAAUUGCUGGAGUUUGCCCGAGGAGCAGUAGUAAAUUCAACACAAGCAUCUGACAGGACACUUCAUGCCAAGCUAAACAAGCAAUUACAGAAAAUGGAAGAUGUCUAUCAGCACCUGCUAAAGCACAGUCAGGCAUUGGACAGUUGUAACUGGUCUUUGAGCAUCUUGUCAACAAGCAAACAGGGCUCUUCUGAUGACCUUGAUCGAUUUGUCAUGUACUCUAGAGGGAUACCAGAUGAUACCAAACAGUUGGCUUCAUUUUUUCAUGGAAAUGCUUCUUUGCUAUUUAAAAGGACCAAGCAUCUUUCUGUGGGUGACUCCCAGUCAGGACAAGAAAAUGGCAAUAAUUUGGCUAAUAAUAACAAUAACCAAACAGGACACACAGAAAAAGUUAGUAUACAAUCAAGGCCUUUGCCAUCUCCCCCUAAAUUUAUAGCAGAGGGGUCUCCAGAAGGACAGUAUGAAAAUAAUGAGAGUGGUUGGAUGGAAGAUUAUGAUUAUGUCCAUUUGCAGGGAAAGGAAGAAUUUGAAAAAACACAAAAGGAGCUGUUAGAAAAAGGAAAUAUUAUAAGACAAGGAAAAGGUCACUUAGAACAGCAACAGCUUAAGCAGUUUGAACGUCUGGAAGAAGAGGUUGCACGACCUAUCGAGAGUGACCUGUCAAACUGGACACCUCCUCAACAUUACAGCCAAGUAAGCCGCAGUGCUUUGACUUCUUCUGACCGCCAGCUUCUUCUCUUUUACCAGGAGCAAUGUGAGGCUAAUGUGACUACCCUCACUAAUGCCAUUGAUGCCUUCUACAGCUCAAUUAGUAGCAACCAGCCUCCCAAAAUUUUUGUUGCUCACAGCAAGUUUGUCAUCCUCAGUGCCCACAAGCUUGUCUUUAUUGGGGACACAUUGUCACGUCAAGCCAAAGCUCAGGACAUCCGAAAUAAAGUCACCCACUAUAGCAAUUUAUUGUGUGACAAGCUAAAAGAGAUUGUUCUCACCACCAAGACAGCAGCACUUCAAUACCCAUCUCCGUCAGCAGCCAAGGAAAUGGUCGAUAGAGUAAAUGACCUCAGUAACAGUACCCAACAGUUUCGAAUGGUUCUUGGGCAACUUGCCACCAUGUGAGAAAAUGUUGGACUCGAUUGUACAGAGACACAUCAGGUCUGACACUGAGAGACAGUAAGAUGAGUUUGAAGCCCGCUCAAUGAGCCAGCUGGGCAUCUUUAGCUAUUCAUUGUAAAGUGUUCAGUGUAAAAAAACUUUCAUAACAAAACACAAUACAAAAAUAACCGCAAUCUGUUUAUAAACUGUGAAUGAAUUCUAACUGAAAAAUACACUACAUCAUGCAUUUUUUUUUUUGGAGAAGAUGAAUACUGAAGAUCCAGUAGCAUUCAGAUAUAAAUGUAAAUACUUAAAAUCCUUUGUUGGAGAGAGGAUGGGAUUAGAACAUUCUUUUUCUCUAAGAUACGGAAAAUGUGUUUUUAUUUUAUUUUAGUCUAUGUCUUUUGCUAUUGGGAGUGAUUAAAGAUGCAAUACCACAAAUGUUUAUCUCUUGGAAAAUUAUAGGUAUACAUAAAAAGAUGUAUGACAUUUUUUUUCAAAAUUAAUUGUCAAGUUGUUCUACUGAACAUUUGAAGAUCAUUUCAUAUGAGAUGUAGCAUUUUUGUCACCCUAUUACGGGAACAUAAUUUUAUUCUAUUACAAAAAAACCAAACUGGCUAUUGGCAUUAUCAGCAAUUUUGCACCAUAAUUAUUUUAAGCAUCCAAACAAUGAUCUCUUCAUACUACUAUAGCGAACUGCACAAAUUCCCUCCAGCCUUCCACUAGAUCUAUAGGCAUGGUCUUCUUUUUUUAGAGAUAUCUGCAGAUAUAUGAAGCCUAGUUUAAGAACCACUCUGUAUCCUGUCCGUUUGUUGUUUUUUUUGUUCUUAGUGAACUUAAUUUUUGCUAAAUUGAAGUUCUUCUAUACUUAUUCUUUGGCCUUAAAUAUUUAAUAUAUCAAUUUUGUUGUAAUAUUGUUUAUGAUAAUGUUGUAAGAAACAUGGUUCAAGACAUUGUCACAGGUUGUCUACUAGAUUGUUAUAAAGAAGACAGUAAUGGGAAAAUAUUGUCUUAGAAUGUUAUCGUGUUUUUUUUUUUUUUUUUUUAAAAGGCCUUAAUGAACAUUUUAAGAUGUUCCUUAACCCCUUAAGGACA